AUGCCCCUGAAAGUCAUCAUUGUUGGAGCAGGUUUGGGCGGUUUGGCCACGGCGAUUGCGUUGACCAGGGCUGGGCACGAUGUUGAGGUAUAUGAGAAGUCUUCUUUUCAUAACGAAGUGGGUGCAGCGAUACACCUGGCACCGAAUGCCACCCGCAUCCUGAAUGCAUGGGGUUUCAACCUGCAGAAAAUGAAUCCUUCCCCCUGUAAUCACUUGAGCGUGUGGGGGAGCCAAGGCAACCUCAUUGCCAAAGUAGCAGACACCGAGGAGUUGCAGAAGAAAUUGAACAUCAACGACCCGUGGUUGUUGGUGCACCGCGUAGAUCUCCACAAUGCUUUGCGGGAGAAGGCAGAAGAAGGAUUUGGGGGAAAGAAGCCGAAGAUACACUUGUCAUGCCCAGUGAAAUCAGUUGACUCUUCGACCGGAAAAGUAUUCCUUGAGAACGGGAAAACGCUUCAAGCCGAUCUUAUCAUCGGUGCAGACGGAUCUCGAACCAUAGAGAGUGUCACUCACGAAGCGAAGAAGAUAAUCAGUACCGGCCAGAACUGCUUCCGCUUCUUGGUGCCGACAGCGAAGCUGCAGGCGAAUCCGAUCACCAAGAAGCUCGUUGACCAAAUUGGGUUGCAGUCUCUCAACUCCUUCGGCGACAAGAAGCGAAAAUUAGUUAUAUACCCGUGUCGAUCAGGAACACUUAUGAACAUGGUCAUGUUCUAUCCAGAGCAUGGUGACGUCCAAGUAAAGGAAUCGUCAUGGUUGAACUCGGGAAACCUUGACGACCUGAAGGAACAAACGCAGAGCUUCAGUCCCGAGUUACGCGAGUUGUGUAGCAUGGCUGAGGAUCUCAAACUUUGGAGUUUAGCAUCCAGAGAUCCAUUGCCCCGCUUUUACGACGGUAAACUUGCGCUUAUCGGAGAUGCAGCCCAUCCCACGCUCCCUCACCAAGGCCAAGGCGGCGCGCAAGCUUUCGAGGAUGCUGCAGCCCUGGGAGCGCUGUUCACAUCGGAUACAAAGGUGGAUGAUAUUACCAAGAAACUGAGCUUGUACAACGAUGUUCGGUACAGACAGGCUGUCACGCUACUGUUCAUGUCGAGGGUUGACGGUCCAUACACGGAUACCGUGAUGGGAGAUUUGAGAAGGUUUGUUCCUGACGCGGAGAAGCCCGAGAACAUCUGGCUGUUCGCGUGGAAUUCCUUCCCUGUCAAGGACGCACAACGGCGUCUGCAAGCAUCCCUGUAG